AUGCGCUGCAAAGGACUUGAAAGUGAUGAGGAUAUAGCGACAUGGGUUGCUGACGGCAUGUGGGUAGGUUACAUGUUAAAAGUAUCAGAAUUACUAGAUACAGUAUUCUUUGUACUUAGAAAGUCAUUUAGGCAAAUUAGCAACUUACAUUUGCACCAUCACAUCUUAAUGGUAACAGCUGGAUGGUUUGGAACCACUUAUUACCCCGGUGGCCAGUGUGUUAUAAUUGGACUUCUCAAUAGUAUCGUCCACGUGAUUAUGUACUUCUACUAUCUGAUCUCUGGGCUUGGUAACAGAUAUAAAAAAUACGUCUGGUGGAAAAAAUAUGUAACUAUUAUUCAACUUGUACGUAUAAUUUUAUUA